UAGACAGAUAGUCUUUAACUUUUGAUGACUUCCAGAUGAAAAUGUCCACACACACACACACACUGAAUUCCUCUCCGUCAAAGAGGACAAACGGAAUGUAUGCUUGAGGAAAAAGGACAACAGUUGAGAAAUGAUGGGGCCACUCUCUCUCUCUCUAUCUCUCCCUCUCUCUCUCUCCCUCUCUGUGGAGCCGCUGUGUAUUUACUGCAGUGCUGAGAAACAUUGAGAGAAGAGGAGAAACAAUCAUGACGGUCCUCAGGAUUCUGUCUCUCUCUGCUCUGGUGUGUCACAUGUCUACCUCCACAUCCCACUACUUGAGAAAAGCUCUGUACCCAUCAGCCUUCAGAGUGAAGCGAGGGACGCCAGCUCUGCUCAACCCCUCGUUUCAGAAAUCUGUGGAGGAUGCCAACCUUCUCUAUGAGGUGUUGUUAUCAGGAGCGUUCAUGGACUCUGCGCGAGGAACGCUCCAUAUAUAUGAUGAGGAACUGGCAUCUGUGAGGAAGCUGGAUGUUCUUGAGGUUCUGUGUGAAGAUGUUCUGCCCAGAACUCUCCCUGAGAUCCAGCGGCUCAGUUUUCAGCUGGCACAGCACCGUGGAGCGCUUCGGAUGGAGGACUUUGAGCGGACAGUCCUUACAAUGGUGUUUACAGCACAACAACUCCAACAUGCCAGCCCCGGCCGACAGAGGGAACUGUGGGCAAACAGCCUAUUGCAACUCUAUAAAGCCAUUAAAGGAGACCUGCUGUCGGAGUCAAGGACAAAAUACUAAACAUUAAGAGGAGUCUGUCAUAUAAACACCUCAACUGGUGCAUCGCUGGUCUGUUCUGUAUGGUCACGAACAGCAGGGAAAAAACAAUGCUAAAUGCAAAUAAAAUGCAAGUCCCAUAUUUUUGGUUGUUGAUGUCAAAGGCUGUACAUCCUUUCAUAGUACCCUAAACAUCAGUCACUUGCUAGAAGUGAGUUAAUCAAAUCAGGCAGACGUCAACACGGACAGGUUGUGUGACAUGCCCUCGUUGUCAGAAAUAUUGAAUACAACUAAUACAACCCACACUACAUUAAAUACCUACAUCAGGGUCCAGCAUGGUUUGUUGCGACCACACUGUAUUUUGUGCAGUGAAUUAUAAGAGCAGGAAACCGAAACUGAAAUUCAAUUGGCAUUUAGAAUCCAAACACUCAAACUACAUAGACAAUAUACUGUUUAGUAGUACAUUUUCCUAUUCAGUCUGUUAACAAUUUUUCAUAUUUUUGGGCAUAUGUAGUUCAUGUAAUAUUAUCACAUUUUAGUGGCCUUUUUCUGUUUAUUUUGGAACUGUAUUGAGUCCUGAAGCAAAACUAGUCCAGAAGCACUGCAGUUGUGGACUUCUGUACUUCCUGUGAUCUGUUGCACUGUUAUCAGAAUAAAUAUGACGUGCAUCUUUGCAUAAGUUCACCUUCACAGUGACAAAUCACUUUCUUUGCAUAAAAAGUGUUAUACGUCAACACCGCAGGCAAAUUUGAUGGCACAUUACUUGAGAAUGAGCUCUAGUGUCCUUGUAAGGCUUCACAUUUUCCUUGACAUAAUGCAUCUGCUCACAUAGUCAUUAUCACGUCCUUGACCAUGUUUUCAUGACACUUUCACCUGUCAAAAUGUGUUCCUCCGCUCUGUAAUGUUUGUGACUGACUCUAAGAGGCUUUUCGAGAGACAAUAUAGCCGCCAGCAAGUAUAACUGAUAAUAAAGUGAAAACUUCACAGCUUUGGUACCACAUUCAAAGAGCAGCCCUACAAAUGACAAUGUAGAUUACUGGAGUUUUCAUUUCAACAGUAUUUUAUUGAAGACAUCAGGCAGUUUCAACAGCUGCCAUCUCCAGUAUUAAAACUGCUGAAUGACUGACUUCACUUUUGAGAUUAUAAUGAACAAAAAUAAAAAUUUAACAAAAUUCUGUGAUGCUCAGGAAUGAUUGUGCAAUUGUGGGUCUAUAAUGCCAUCUACAGGCUACAGAUAUAAUAACAGCUGCAGAUAACAGGUUUUAGAUGUGGUUAUAAUACAAAACGUUGUUGCAAUGUAAUGUAAACAAAGAGGUAAUCAGUUACAUGUGUGUUAUAAGAUGAAUACCUUUGUAAUGUAAGGUCAGGUUUCACAUGUUAUUUUAAGAACUUGUACAAAAGUUUUUAUUUGAUGGAUUUGUGUAAAGAAAUUCACCUUUUCACUGAAAAACAAAUGUGAUGUUAUUACACUCUUGUUUUGACAGACAGACAGAGAUAGAUAGAAUACAUGA